UGCGCGCGCGGGACGCUGCUGCUGCUGCUGCUGUCAUGCAGCUUCUCCACUCACACUCAGCCUCCGCCAGCGGCCGCGCGCAGCCAUGAAGACGAGCUGAGAAGUGAAGAGCACGAUGGGAAGCAGGAUGUAAAAGCGUGCCUUUUACACGCACACGCUUGGGAAUUGGAGGGGAACAUAGCCAGAGCGAGAUGUUGGUCCGUCCGUUGAAGUCUGUCGGUCCCCCUAGUCUCCCCUGACUGACUGCCAGGUCUCCAGUUGGUACGCCAUGGGCGCACAAACUGCACGCAAAUUGCGGGCAAUUUAAACGCCGCCUUCCGUGGUGUCGUGUGAUGGGUGUGCGGGGCACCAGCUGGAACUUUUGGACCUCCUAAGGAGCAAGCAGAACUCAAGCUAAACACACACUCAUACACACAUACACAUACACACACACACACACACACACACACUCACACUACACACAUACCCACACACACAAUCAGUCACAGGUGCAAUCAAAGAAGAGCAUCCAAGAGCAGUGCAAGCAAAGCCAUGGGUAUAAAACACUUUCUGCUGCUUCUGAUCUACGUGGACCCUCUGCACGUGCUGUGCACGACUGCGCCCAAGCGCGCCAAACCCCCACCGAGGCGGCCACCCAAACCGCGCGAGGUCAAUAACAGCACGACCACAACCACCACCGCCAGCAGCAGCAGCACGACCGCAACCGCACAGCGGCUCCCCCAGGCUGCCGCCACACACGAUACGUGCCUGGGCUACUACGACGUUAGUGGCCAGUUCGACAAGGAGUUUGAGUGCAAUAACACGGACCACCGCUACUGCUGCGGCUCGUGCUUCCUGCGCUUCUGCUGCCAGUUCAAGGGGAACCGACUAGAACAGCGCGCAUGCAAGAACUACCACAAGCCCGACUGGGUCAAAACCGUGCCCCCGUCCCCGGCCCCGACGGGCGACGCCUACGACCCGAGCAUGGACCAGACCAACAUGGCCGUGUACAUCACGUGCGGGGUCAUAGCCUUCAUCAUAGUGGUGGGGGUGUCCACCAAAGUGGCGUACGACAAGGCCACCCAGCCACCUCAGGAAAUGAACAUACACCGAGCCCUAGCAGACAUUCUGCGGCAACAAGGACCCAUUCCAAUAUCUCAGUAUGACUGUGAAAACUUUGCGGCAAUGAACAGCGCAUCCAAAGACAACACUCCACAGCGGACGGGCUCCAAAAACCAUUACACCCCUGUUCACACUUCCAAAUCAAAUCACGGUGGACACUACUCCAAAGAGAGCAGCCGCGGCGGAGGGCACGACCUGCACAACUUCAUCUCGUCUGGCUUCGUGACUCUAGGAAGAGACCAAGUGAAAGGGGAGAGGCAUUGGCCGGUGCGGUCUCAGAGUCACCAUGGCACCCAUCAGCACAACUACAACCAUCUGGGUCUCAGUAGCCCCACUCGAACACCUAAAAAUGCUCACAGAUCUCUAAGGCGUGAGAAUACACGUAUGAACAGCAUCCUCACAUCGCAGACGGAACCAUACGAUCUGUCCUUCUCCCGCUCCUUCCAGAGCCUCUCACACCUGCCUCCUUCCUACGAGUCUGCCAUGAAGGCCGACCUCAACAAGUACUCCUCACUCAAAAGACUGAGUGACAAAGACGUGGACGACUACUACACCCGUAAGAGGCACCUUCCUGACUUGGCGGCGCGAGGUACCCUCCCCCUCCACAUGAUAAAAAUGAACCAGAUGAACCAGGAGUCUCAGAGCAGUCAGCAGGCCCAGCAGCAGCAGCAACAGCAGCAGCAGCCUCCACGCCAGCGUCCUCGCCGCGUCCAGAGAGCCAUGUCCCAGGACCGGGUUCUUUCCCCCGAACGCGGCUACGCUCAAGACUACCCCAUGUCCCCCUACAGCAUGUCCCAGUACGGUGGCCGCAUCCUGUCUGACGAGCAGCUGCUCUCAGCUGAGCGUCUAAGAUCUCACGAGCGCCUCAUCUCACAGGACCGGCUGCAUUCACAGGACCGCCACUACUCACAGGACCGCCUCCACUCCCAGGAGCGCCUGCUGUCCCAGGAACGCCUGCAGCACUCCCAGGAGCGGCUGUACUCGCAGGAGCGCCUGUACUCGCAGGACCGGCUGCGUUCCCAGGACCCACUGCUGUCUCCUGAUAAGAUGAUGUCCAUCAAGCGCUCCAGCUUCCACGGCGACAGGUCCAUGUCCAGAGCCAUAUCCCACACGGACGUACUUGUGCCCACCACGCCAGUCAUGGACCGUUACAAGAUGACCAAAAUGCACUCGCAUCCCAGUGCCUCUAACAGCAGCAAUGCUGCCGCCGCUGCUGCUGCUGCCGCCGCCGCUGUACACAACACCAUAAGCACGAACCAGACGGUCUCAAAGAGGCAGGCGUUUGCCUCGCGCCGAACACAGACCGUGGAGCAGCUCCACUACGUCCCGCCAGCCGCCCAGCAGCAGCAGCACCAUCACCACUACCGCACAGGCAGCAAGACCGAAGUAACUGUUUAACUCGGACCUCAGAGACCAGCCAGAAGCCAGAAAAAAUAAGAGACUGCUGCGCCAGAGAGCCAGUCUGACCACUAGUCCCCAUCUAUCUACAGUUUCCACACUGACUGACCUCCCCUCCCAGCACCAGCUCACUCAAACACAACCCAACAAAACGGCCCUUCCAUGUGCAUACCUGUCCUCCCCUCUGCGUUUGUAGAUCACAGAGAAAAGAACAGACUAGAGGCUUGCGCGCUUCGUCCAGACAGGAAAAACAGCACGUCCAUACAGUUCUGCAGUUCUUAAGGGCUUUGCAUGGAAACUCGCAGAGGACUGAUAGCAGAGCGACAGAAGGUGUGAACGAAAGCGCGCGCUAGAUGAUGGAAUUGUAUAACUUUAUAAAUAUAUAAAUACAGAUACUGUUUGUACUUCCAGUCCUAGUCAUAGCUUUAGAAGUUCCUAAAUUAAACCGAUGUUAGCACUUCUAUUGGUGCCUCUACGAAAAAUGUUCCAUUUCAACAAAGAAGUGGUUUUGUGGGUUAAAAAGCACAAUCGAUUAAAUGCAUUUGGAUUUUUUUGUUUGUUUGUUUUGUUGUUUUUUUGUUCUCUUUGUUUUAAUUUCAUUUUUCCAUCAGUUCGGUUAGUGAUGGCUAGCACGUAUCGGUUUGUUCUUUAAUUAACGGCAAGUUCCUUUGCAUAGAAGAUUGUAAAUAAGCUAUUUUAGCCGCAGUAAAUGGACAAGUCUGUUCUGGUUGGCAUUUGUAUUACUGUAGCUUUAUUUUAGAGAUUCAACAAUUAUAGACGACCCACUAACCCAGUACCGGACCGUUUUAAUACGAAUACAAUAAUGUAUGUGUGUCGUUACAAAUGUGUUUGUAGGAUGAGAACUGGGUGAAAGUUGUCGAAAACUCCAUGACCACUCUCGAUAUCUGGCUGUAGACUGUGCUCCAGUGAGUGACUCACAAGACAAAUGAAUAUAUUAUGCUUGUUGUAGUAGCUUCAAAUAAACCAUCCUUAUUUUUCUAAA